AUGGCGACCAUUGCUAUCCCCAGACCAAUCCCUCCCCAUCGACCGGUGUCAGGUCUCGACACUCCCAUCACACCACCGCAUUCUCUCCAGAGCUUGGAUACCUCUGGUACCCCGCAGUAUCAUAUCCCCGUCCCGAAUAAGCAUCUGCCCGUUUGUCCACCUGGCUCCGGUGCUACCCCUCAGAAUGACACGCCUCCAGAAUCACCCAAAGAUUCUGACGAAGGUGUACAGAGCUCUGUUCUUCAUCCACCGACUACCUUUGAUCGGCUAGAUGCUGGCGGCGCUACGCUCUACCAAAUUUCUGCCGCCGAUGUCGCCAGGGCUUUGGACGUUGCAUCCCGCCAGCCACUUCCUGAUCCAGAUUUGAUGUUCCCUUGGCUUCACGGCUUACACCCGCAGAACCAUUUGCAGCUGUCUUUUUUCAAUGCUCGCAGACGUAGCAGUCGCAGGCCCCCAACAUGCCUGAGAGCCAUCACAAUUGUCAAAGCCGAUGGGGACCUGAAUGCUGCUCGCCUCAAGGGCGCAUUGUCUCCAUCCGAGAUCCUUCGUAAGGGUUUAGAACCAGAGUUUAUUGAAUCAGACCCCUCUGAAGGAUUCUCUGUCCGGAACUUCCAAAUUCAGUCCAACAAGAUAGCAGUGGUAUCGGACAUCAUCGUCUAUGGUGAGGACUUGGAAGUGGCCGAGGAUGUUGCCUGGGAAUUCUCUCUUGCGCAGAAGAAAUGGCGAGAAAGAAACGCCACUUUUGAUUUGCCUGAGUAUCACACAUUUGUGUGCACCAGUCCCUUCUCAGAGUUUGAAGAGAAGUACAGGGAUAUCGUUGUGACCGAUGCUGAAGGCAGGCCUACUGGCAAAAUUCUCGACUUUGUGAUGCAGGAGAGACAAGAGAUGUGGAACAUGACGAAGGCUUCGGAGAUAUCCCACAACGUGUUUUUGGGCCCUUCCCCGGAGAUGCACAGCCUUGAGGAGAAGGAAUUUGACAUUCUCAUCGAAUGUGGCGAUUCCGGAAAACUCAAUCCUGAGGCGUUACAGUUGGUUGCAGAGAGCCCUUCUGAAAUUGUGACCCAGAUGUACCACGAGUUCCCAUCCUCUGGUACCGUUCUUGCCCCGAGUUGGUCUCAUACAGAAGCCGAUGGCAUUCUCGAAACUUGCAAGUGGAUUUAUCACCUCGCGCACGGGACGAGACCGGGUAUGAAAUCCGCCCCUGAUACCGAGGGAGAUUCCUUCAUGUGGGGUGAUGAAGAAGGCCUAGCUGAGGAGCAAUUCAUGCGGCAUGAGCCUCGGAAAAUUCUUAUUCAUUGUGCUGAUGGAUACACUGAAUCUUCUCUGCUUGGUCUUGCCUACUUUAGCUAUAGCACUGGUCUGCCCAUUGGUGAAGCUUGGAUGAAGCUGCAUACCGAGAAGGGACGAAACUUUUUUGCGUACUCAGCAGAUGUAGCCUUGCUUAGAUCUAUAGCUCCCCGUCUGCUCCAUGAGUCUCCAGCGUGUGCCGGGAAAAGCCUGAUGGAGAUAACCAACCUGGUCAAGAACGAGCCUAAGUGGCUCGGCGGCUUAGAUGGUUCUUUCCCCAGCAGAGUUCUUGAUUAUCUUUACUUGGGAAACCUUGCCCACGCCAACAGCCCCGAUCUCCUGAAGGAUCUGGGUAUUCGCCAAAUCCUCAGUGUUGGUGAAACUGCGAUAUGGCGAGAGGAAGAUGUGGAAGAGUGGGGUCAAGACAAUAUUUGUAUUGUUGAAGGUGUCCAGGACAACGGCAUCGACCCGCUGACCAGCGAAUUUGCUCGCUGUUUGGACUUCAUCGAGCGAGGAAAGCGCAGUGGCAAGGCUACACUGGUACACUGUCGUGUUGGUGUUUCUCGCAGUGCCACUAUAUGCAUUGCAGAAGUGAUGCGUGAAAUGAAUGUACCCUUUGCCCAAGCUUAUUGUUUCGUCCGGGCGCGGCGUUUGAAUGUCAUCAUUCAGCCUCAUCUGCGGUUCGCUUACGAGCUGUUGAAGUGGGAGGAAUCUCUUCAGCGACAUGCCGACGCCACAGCACCGGUCAAACGUGUCAUGGAAUGGGGAGAGGUUACUCGAGAAAUCGCCCUCAUGAACCGCCCCUAUGCAAGGUGA